AUGAAGACCGUGAACGGCACGCUGAUGUGCGACUUCUUGGACCCCGUGGAGAUCGAGAAGCUCCGCAGCGGGUGGACCCCCCGAAGGGGGGACGUGGUCGUGGCGAGCGGGUUCACCAUCCGCGGGCUCCAGCGCCUGCUCGUGUCGCUUGUGGAAGGCAGGGAGGAGCCAUACGCGGAGGGGCUCCUCGACAAGCCGCACCUGCUGGAGGCGGCCGCCUCGAGGCAAGGCGCGGAGAAGUACGCCGACUUCCUGGCGGGCUGGCCCGGUCGGCGGCUGUUCAAGACGCACGAGUUGCCCCACGAGGUGCCAUUCAGGUGGCCCCCCACUGAGGAGGAGGUGCAGGAGGGCGUCGCUCCAAAGGUCGCGGUGCUGGUAUCGGACCCGCGGUACGCGCUGUCGGUCACGUGGGAGGCGAUGAAUGCCAUGAACAUCGACCUGCCGUUGCCGCAUGGCGGGCGGGACUUCGCCGAAUUUAUCGAACUGGUCGUGCGGCGAGAGAAAUUCACAACCUUUCACAAGGACCCGUUCAGCCACCCCGUGGCGUGGGCCCGGGAGGCGAUGAAGUGGCCAGGCCAAGUCAGACUCUUCGAUGUGGACCGCUUUGCUUCGUUAAACCCCAGGGAGGUCGCCGCGGCGUGCGAAGAGUUUGCAGAUUUUAUUGGCGUUCCUGAGCCCGCCAGCGCAGCUGCUCGCCUCGUGGCGGCGAUCGGGAACCGCCCAAGGAGCGCAUCGCUCGCACUUGCCAAGGACGGCAUCGUGGACCAUGACGCCAUCCUUGGCGGCCCCCUGGUGGAGCUGCUGGGCCCCCGUGUCCAGGCAUUCGAGGCAGAGGCGGCGACCCUGAGCUACGGCACAAGGUCGGAGUAUCGCCGGCUCCUCGGCCUCCUGAAGGACGUCCCCAUGCUGGCCGAGCUCGCCCAGCGCGCGAUCGACGGCGUCAAGACGGUGCCGCCGCCGAUGCUCUGUGCGCCUCUGAAGGGCUUGGCGGCCCAUGCCGCUGGGACGUGCCGCGUCUGCGUCUUCGCGCUCCGCGGCGCCUGUCACUACACAGCCGAGAUGUGCGCCUUCUGCCACCUGGAGGGGCACAAGAAGCCGUCUCGUCCAAGCCAUGCCAAGCGGGUGCGGCACCGUGACAGGCUGCGGGCGCGCUGUCGCACCCCCUCCCUCGACGGGCUGUCUUCCUGA